ACCACCACUGGGCUGGACCUGUCAAUUGACCAUCUUGACAUAUGAAGUUUCGUCUCUGGUCUCAGCCAAGCCGGACGAUAUUGACAAAUAACAUCCCCCACCCGCGACACCACGGCCAGACACCGUUCCCUCACCCUCGACUGCGCAGCAUGUCCUCCUCUUCCUCUUUCGUCCCCAUCACAAUCUCCUCGUUGACUUACCUCCACCCAACCUCAUUAGCCAAGGUAUUACUAGAACCCGGCGAACGGGAAAAGGUGGCCAUUAUCGAUGUCAGAGACUCUGAUCAUAUCGGGGGCAACAUCAACGGAAGUACAUGGGUUCCUCUCAAUCAACUUGACGCUCGUAUCCCCGAGUUGGUGAGAACGCUCAAGGACAAGGACAAAGUGGUCUUCCACUGCAUGUUGAGCCAGCAGCGUGGUCCUACUGCCGCAUUGAGGUAUGCAAGAGCCAAGCAGAGGGCCGAUGAUAAGGACACCCGCUCGACGCAGACAUCCUCACAAGUUGCCGCUCAGACUCCUGAAGAGGGCGAGAGUAACAAGAGCCAUGUGCAGGAGGUGUGCGUCCUAGAAGGUGGAUUUGAAUCCUGGCAGUCACGAUAUGGUGAGGACUCGCGGUUGACGGUGGACUAUCAACCAGAUCUAUGGGAUUGAAGAGGAGGACUGGAAGACUGGACUACAGGUUCAAAGCCCGUUGUUCAUGUGGAAAUGUUCUCCUUCUGUGAUCAUUACAGCGAUGCUGCAGAUGCAAUACACGGCAUGCAAGGGUCCCACCCAUCAACUAACAAGUCCGAACCACGGUGUCGAGGCUCAAUAUGCAAUAUCAUAUCCGGAGCUGGAACCCCGGCUGGUCGGUUCUCCUCCCACGUCUUAUUUUCACCGAUCUCGCCAGAGAACCUGUGACCAACUCUGGCUCUUGGUUCUUCUCGGGUUCAUUGCAGGCAUUGCAACGAGCACUGGUCCCCAGGAACUAGAGAUCCUUGGGCUCAAUGAUGAGAAGCUGCGAGGCCUAUAGUCUCGCAUAGAUUUCAGUUUCAAUCAGACUUAAGACAGUAAACUCAGGAAGGGCUUAGAGAGAAGGUUGUACACCGCUCAAGCCUGGGGAAUCGGACACCACAAAUAGAAGGCCUACGACUUAGAUAUUAGUGUAGACUUUCGCUAAAGAGAUGGUGGUUAUAAGACUUGUGAGCUUCCACAUCUCAACCAAAGAAACUAGAUUCUCUUAUGCACAUCUACUAGCCUUGACUUCUGG